AGUGGGGAAUAAAAUAGGGAAAUUUGUUUUGAUCAGCAUGAUGCAUUGCGCAUAUGUGCUAUCGCAGUAGUCAUAUGAAUUUUGAUUAUUUUAGAAAACUGUAAAAGUAAAAUAAAAUACAACAAUGAACCAUACUAAUCUUAAGGAUAUUGAUUUAUAUGAAUUGAUUGGGAUACUAUCAACAGCUACUACACAAGAGGUGAAGAAAGCUUAUCGUAAAAAAGCUCUGUCAUGCCACCCAGACAAGAAUCCAGACAAUCCAAAGGCUGCAGAACUUUUUCAUCAGCUGUCCAAAGCAUUAGAGAUCCUGACAGAUGAAUCAGCACGUGCUGCAUAUGAUAGAGUUUUAAAUGCAAAGAAAGCUGCGAAGUUGCGGCAUCGUGAACUAGAUUCUAAGCGGCAGAAGUUGAAGGAACAAUUAGAAGCAAGGGAGCGACAAGCUGAGGAAUUUUCAAAACAGAACCGCAGUUUCACCAGCAAAACAGAUGAAGAAAAGCUUCAGGAUGAGAUUGAGAGGUUAAGAAAGGAGGGUUCAAAGCAAGUCAAAGAGGAGCAAGAGUAUGUUCGACAGCAGAUCAUACAAGAGAAGUUCAGCAAACCCACAAUGAAGGAAGAUAGCAGCAGUCAUCAUAGGUUGAAAGUACGUUGGGUAGCAGCAAAAGCCGACCCAGACAAUGGAGGGUACACGAGUGAAUUGUUGCAUGAUAUAUUUUCAAAGUAUGGUGAAAUUGUUGCCUUGAUUAUAUCUGCCAAAAGGAAUGGGAGCGCCCUUGUAGAAUUUAAAACGAAAGAAGCAGCUGUGAUGGCAAUGGAAUUGGAACAAGGAUUAACUAAAACCCCUUUGAGAGUGGAAUACCUUGGAAGUGGACAGACUAAACCACCUAGUGCCAAGAAGGGACUAUCACUGGCAGAUCUGAGCAGUGAGAAGGCUGGAAGUCACAGUAGUACCUUCCCAUCCAUGGAUGAUGGAACAGAGAAUAAAUUCUCAUCUAAUUUCCCAAGCUUUUCUUUCUCUUCUAACAUUUCAAAUGAAUCUACACAGUCAGUGGAUUUGGACUUCGAGAGCCUGGUUUUACGAAGGCUGAGACAAGCUCAGGAAAGAAAGAAACUGAUAGAAAAAAUUGAGGAAGAGGAUGAUAAUAAUACAUAGCUUUACAUUUGAAAUAGUAGAUCAUCUUUGUAAUUUAAAAAAAAUAAAUUUUUAUGUCUGUGUAAUAUUAAAUUUAACACUUCAGCCCACAUACACAAUAGUACAUAGCUACAUGGCUUAAAUUAACAGAAUGUAGUGUAUAAACUGCAAGCUGUGUUGGAUUAUAAAGCAUUCCUUCAGUGUGAAAAGUGGUGUGUAUGAUUACUGAGGUAUGAAAAGAAUAAACUGUGUUGCAUAUU